CCGAGAAGCACUCCCGGCAGCAAGCCAGGUGACUCCUUCACCUCCACCUGUAAUGCAGGAGGGAGCGGUGACUGGUUCUCCUAUGAGCCCGGCCGCAGCCCUGAUGCCCUGCAGCUCCCGGGCUCCAGCCAGAUGUGAACCUCAAGUGAACCUGCUGGGUGAGGAGGGCAUCUGCAAGCUGCCAGGGAGACUCCGCAUCCAGCCCGCGCUCUGGAGCAGGGAGGACGUGAUGCACUGGCUGCGCUGGGCCGAGCAGGAGUACUCCCUGCGGCCGACCGGGGAGCAUGGAUUUGAGAUGAAUGGCCGCGCCCUCUGCAUCCUCACCAAGGAUGACUUCCGGCUCCGCGCCCCGAGUUCAGGUGAUGUCCUAUAUGAGCUGCUCCAGUAUAUCAAGACCCAGCGGCGAGCCCUGGUGUGUGGGCCAUUUUUUGGAGGAGCCCUCAGACAGAGGGUGCCCACUGGGUGCCUCCCCUGCACUCAAGAAGAGGAGACCAGGGCUUCUCAGGCGGCCUCCCAAAGAGACUUCCUGCAGCAGCCACCAGACCUGGGACUCGCCAGCUCCUUGAACCACCUGGACGCUCCCGGCCUGGCCAGGUGGCCCCUGGGCAAGGAGGAAUCCCUCACCUUAUCUCACUGUGCAGAGCUGGACAGCAGGACUGAGGGAGCUUGCUCCUUCUCCACCAUGCCACAGACACCCAUCGAUGGCAGGAUUGCAGACUGCCGGCUGCUGUGGGAUUACGUGUACCAGCUGCUUUCCGACGCCAGGUACGAGCCCUUCAUCAGGUGGGAAGACAAGAACGCCAAGAUCUUCCGAGUUGUGGAUCCAAACGGGCUUGCCAGGCUCUGGGGAAACCACAAGAACCGGGUGAACAUGACCUAUGAGAAGAUGUCCCGUGCUCUGCGCCAUUACUAUAAGCUGAACAUCAUUAAAAAAGAACCUGGCCAGAAACUACUGUUCAGAUUUCUGAAGACUCCUGGGAAGACAAACCGGGACAAGGGAAGACGCCUGGAGCAGCUGGAGAGCCAGGAGCAGGACAGGGUGGACUUCAAGGAGGAGAUGCUAGAAGUUUCCCCAUGAGGAGCAGGUGGAUGCUGGGCUCCUGGCAUCGAAGAAGCAGCGAGUGUCUCCCAUCAAGGCAGCUAGCUGGGUGGUGGCUUCCUCUCUCAUCCCAGGCCAGCAGGGAUUUGCACUGAUGGUCAUGGAGGUUAUCU